AUGAUAAAAUAGAUAAAUUGUAAACAUUAUUAAAGAAAUUGUGAUAAGAAAGCUCCAUGCUGUUAAAUUUAUUAUCCUUGCAGAUUAUGUCAUGAUCAAAAUUACAAAGGACCUAAAUCUGAAGGAUGCAAGGUUGAAACUAUGGAUAGAUAUAAUGUUAAGGAAAUUCGUUGCAGAAAGUGUUUAACAGAAUAAGCACCUUCUAAUUUAUGCACAAAUUGUGGAAUUCAAUUUGCAAGAUACUAUUGCGAAAUUUGUAAAUUAUAUUAAGAUGAUGAGAAAAAGAAUCAAUUUCAUUGUGAAAAAUGUAAUAUGUGCAGAUUAGGAAUAAAGGAAGAAUAUUUUCAUUGCGAAACAUGUGAUGUUUGUUUAUCACUUUUAAUAAAGUCAACACAUAUUUGUAUUCAAAAAGCAUUUGAAUAAAAUUGCGCUGUUUGUUAGGAUUAUCUCAAAAAUUCAACUUAAUUGGUGUAAUAAUUAACUCAUUGUCCUCAUUUUAUGCAUAUUAAAUGUUUGGAAAAAUAAACCAGGAAAGGUUUAAGAAAUUGUCCCAUUUGCAAUAUAGCGAUUUAUAAAAUGAGUAAAGAGGAAAUCUUAGAGUUGGAUGAGAUUAGUCAAUAGCUUCAGGUUGAAAUUAAUAAAGAAUAGUUAGAGAAUAAAGUUGUAAAUAUAAUAUGUUCUGAUUGCUAAGCCAAAAGCAACAAUGUCUAAUUUAACAUUUAUUUAAAAUGUUAAAAUUGUGGCUCAUAUAAUACUAGAUAAUGAUAAAUAUUAACCUUAAAUUAGAAAUACAUAAUUAUUUAAGUUC